AUGAGCCUAACUCACCCCGUCGACCUUCCUCCUGUUGAGAUUGAUCUCUCGAGUCUGAAUGCCCGAGAUAGGAGAAAGAUCAAAGAGGCAAACAAAAACGUCAAAGAUCAAAUUUCCCUGGUCGGGAAAAACCAGAAAAAUGCAACCUCUACCGGGGACGACAAAGUCUACCGGAAAACUCUCCUAGUUGACGAUGGAUCUCUUGAAGGUUCAAAGUCAAUGGCGGUUGCUGUGAACAACGCUCCUUCCCCCAUCCCAGCAGCAGACAACGUGGUUGCUGCCACUGCUGAAAAAGAAGGCCUUACAAGUGAUUCUUCUCUUACGAAAAAGAAGAAGGCUGAGGAACUUGAACCCCCGCUCCAAGGACGUCCCAAAAACACAAGGAAGGGCAGAGCCGCUUCUUCGAAUCUGCCAAUUCCUGAACCUGCUGAAGCUCAGGACGUAAAUCCUUAUUCAGGAAUUGUUUUAAAGGAACCGUUGGGUUCAGGGAUAUUACCCCCUAGACGUCCCCGAGGUAAUACCUCUAGGGUUCGAUCGUCUCCGAGCUCAGGACUUGUUGCCAGAGCUUCAUCCCAAUCAGAUAAAGAGAAGAUUGGGAAUAUGUUUAGGUGCUUCCACACCCGCUUUGGGAAUAACUCCCGUCCUUUGAGUGGUGGAAGCCUUAUAUCAAAAAGAUGUAUAUCAGCAACUCUGGACGUGAAUGGCAUCAUCAACUAUUACGAAGAGGAGCUUGCCAAAGUUUCCAAGAAAGCUGCUGUUGCUAAAGGAGAGAUCGAGAAACUGCAAUCUUCCAGUCGGCUUGUGCAGGAGACUGCUGGCCUCGACUCGGCUCGCCAGGAAGAAAUCGAGAGACUCGAAAGAUCCGGCGAGGAGACAAGGAAGACUUUGAUUGAGACAAAGCAAAAACUAGAGACUGCCCUCGCUGAUCAUAGCUUCGCAAAAGGCGAGAUCGAGCUUCUGAGAUCAGAGCUUAACAGGGUUAAAACAGCUGCUGAAGAGCUCGAACGCAAAAAUGAGUCUCUUUCCGAACUAAAAGAUCGAGAUGAAUUUAUCGCUGCAGACAAAGCUUGGAACAAACUUAACUCCGAACGUGAUGAGAUGAAGAGCAUUCUCGAUCUGAUCAAGGAGAUAGAGGACGGAACAGUCAACUUGGCUGAAGAAAAAGAGACAUUUGUUUCUGAGUUCGCUGAUUGCCCUCCACUGACUGAACCAAAUGUCGGUUUGUCUUCGGACGAGAAGAUGUUAACUGGUUCUCAUCGCGCUCAUUUUAAUGAGUUCGGAACCAAUGUUGACAGACUCUCCUUGGGACGAACUCAGGGGUUCUUUGGUCAAGAUCCUGCCAUCUCCUCGAUUAUGGGAGACGGCCUUGAAUUAAGGAGCGAACCUCCUCAAGACGCUAGCUCGCUUAACCCUAAGGUGGUUCCCACAACUCAAGAAGCUGUCAUAGGGGGGGCUCUUGUCUCAAGCCAAGUAGGAUAUGAAGGCGGUUCGCCUAUAAAUGAAUGA